UCGCCGUCUCUGAUUGGUCGACUCGGGCCACCCCAGAUUCGCCAUUGCGAGCUCACGGCCUUCUCUUAUUCUCCAUUUGGGGUUACGUUAACGGCGUGAGAUUCACAUGGUCCCGGUCGCGUGUACGCAAACGGCGUACUGACAAAGACGGCAAGACCUAUUGGGAAGGAAUAAAAAAAGAAAUCCUGUGCCGUCUUUCUCCACAGUAUAAAGCUGUUUUACUUGGACGUUCCAGCUGGAAUUUAACGUUAGCCGGGGCGAGGAUUCGGCCCGGGGAGGCGUAUUGCCUGAACGCAGAAGACGACUGCGGAAAGUGGACGUUUUUUUCCCCUGCUCCGCUACGGCGAGUGAGCCGCCAUGGCAGUCCGAUCAUUGAGGCUCCAAAUCGGGAUAUGAAGAGCGACUGGAUGGGCCACAAAACGCCGCAUUUAGCCUACAUGCUAACAUUAGCAUCUUUGUGACGGGAUUCUGACUGCAUUUCUGUUUUUAAAACAAAAGGAGGAGGCACAAUUCAGGAGUAUUUUAAUAGGUGUCUCAAAGGGCUCCUUGAGAGAGAAUUAUACAAGUGGGAUAAUGCAGUGAUUUGGACUUAAAAUAAGAUAGUUUAUUAGGUGUAAAGAGGAAAGCGUGGGAACCGCCUGUGCAAUACAGUUGCUGUCAUCAUCCCUUAUUUUUGGAUGAAAAGCGUGUAACGAGACUUGAGACCACGAAGCACUUUGGAUCAUGUCGGGUCGGCCCAGGACCACAUCCUUCGCGGAGAGCUGCAAGCCGCUGCCGCAGCCGUCGGCCUUCGGCAGCAUGAAAGUCAGCAGAGAUAAAGAUGGCAGCAAGGUAACAACAGUUGUGGCCACACCAGGUCAAGGCCCAGACCGGCCACAGGAGGUGAGCUACACGGACACUAAGGUCAUCGGCAACGGCUCGUUCGGCGUUGUCUACCAAGCAAAGCUUUGUGACUCCGGAGAGCUGGUGGCCAUCAAAAAGGUGCUUCAGGACAAGAGGUUUAAGAACCGUGAGCUGCAGAUCAUGAGGAAGUUGGACCACUGCAACAUAGUCCGCCUCCGCUAUUUCUUCUAUUCCAGUGGAGAUAAGAAAGACGAAGUAUACCUGAAUCUUGUUCUUGACUAUGUUCCUGAGACGGUCUACAGAGUAGCCAGACACUACAGCCGAGCCAAGCAGACCCUGCCCAUGGUUUAUGUCAAGUUGUACAUGUACCAGCUUUUCAGAAGUCUGGCCUACAUCCAUUCGUUCGGGAUCUGCCAUCGGGACAUCAAGCCUCAGAAUUUGCUGCUGGAUCCAGAGACGGCUGUGCUCAAACUGUGUGACUUUGGCAGUGCCAAGCAGCUUGUCCGCGGAGAGCCAAACGUGUCCUACAUCUGCUCUCGCUACUACCGAGCCCCUGAGCUCAUCUUUGGGGCCACUGACUACACCUCCAGCAUAGAUGUGUGGUCAGCCGGCUGUGUGCUAGCAGAGCUGUUGCUAGGACAACCAAUCUUCCCUGGCGACAGUGGAGUGGAUCAAUUGGUUGAGAUUAUCAAGGUUCUCGGCACCCCAACCCGGGAGCAGAUCCGUGAGAUGAACCCCAACUACACCGAGUUCAAAUUCCCCCAGAUUAAGGCGCAUCCAUGGACUAAGGUGAGUCAACAGACGUCUGUGUGUCCGGUGGGUGUGCAGGUGUUCCGGCCGCGUACGCCCCCCGAGGCCAUCGCCCUCUGCUCUCGUCUGCUGGAGUACACGCCCACCGCGCGCCUCACGCCCCUCGAAGCCUGCGCGCACUCUUUCUUUGACGAGCUGCGCGACCCCAACGUCAAACUGCCCAACGGGCGGGAGAAGCCCUCCCUUUUCAAUUUCACCACCCAAGAGCUAUCCAGUAAUCCGUCUUUGGCCUCCAUACUCAUCCCUGCCCAUGCUCGCAGUCAGGCCGCCGCUUCCACCCCAACCAAUGCCUCUGCCACCACAGACGGUAGCGGCACAGAGCGAGUUCCCAGCACCACCACAGCCUCAGCUUCCGCCUCCAACGCCACUUCCUGAGCGCCGCAGACCACCGCCAACCUCCGAGUCACCCCACCCCCGCCCUCCCCCAUUGUCGUCCCAGCCCAGGUGCGGGGUAAGGUAAGGCGAGGCGAGCUCAGACCCGACCUGCUCUCCUCCCUGACACAAAACCACCGCCGACACCCCCUUCGAACUGCGCCUGCCAUCCAGCUCUUAGGAGCGGUCUCUACGGGGGGGGGCACGCAGGCGUGUGAAGAUACGAAUAUACCCUUCUCACGUUGCUCGUCCGCUAACCUUUUUCUUGCUUGCCGCUAUUAAACCACUCAAAGAAGAAGUGAGCCCGACCCCACCCGCCGCCCAUUUUUACAGCACCCUAACCCCCCUAAUUAUUACUAUAAAUAUAAUUAUUAUUAGUUUCCUCCUGUAUAGUGCAUGACCUGAGAAUGGUUAGGAUCAACUGGGGGGGGGCGCUCUCUCACUCACCUUUGACCUCAAGGCAUGGGGCUCGUAUACACACACACACAGAUGCAUGAUGUAUGUGCAAAAGGGUUUAUUUUAGUUUUUUGCCACCAGGGGUUGUUUUUAAAAGUGCUUUGCAAGCCAUUUUACUCGACUUUGUUUUUUUUAAAAAGGAAAAAAAAAAAAAGUUCUCCCCCUGGGCGUUUUUGUUGUCGUUUAUCCGUGUGCUUGUAUAAUAUAUACAUAACGCAUUACAUCCACAGUUUAUAUAUGACUUUUCCUUCUGUAUAAAAGGUAUAUAUAGAUAUAUGUAUAUUAACUACCGCCGUUCACAAGUCAUUUAUUGGUGAGUUCAUAUCCGUCAAGAGCCGCGGCAAUAUUUGCCGCUGCCUUUAAAAGGCAAUAGAAUUAGACAACGUGAUGUUUUUGUUUUGUUUUUUUAGUUUUUUUGUUUGCUGGAAUGUGCUGAAAUUCCAGCGCUCCUCGUCGUCUUUACGGUGUCCGAUGCGGGGGGCGCUCUUUCCAUCGAACACUUUGAACCACUAAGUUGUUCGGUACGGUCCUAUCGACGGACAAUUCUCACGACUACAACAGCAAAAAAAAAAAAAUGGGGAUAAAAAACUGAAUAUGUAUAUACAGUAUAAAUGCGCCUCACCAAAUAGGUUUUUUUUGUAUGUGUUCACGGUAUGUACAUAUGCAGACCCAUGUACUGUUUAUGAGCAAAGAUGGAGGGGGGAGGGGAGGAAAAAACAAACAAAAUAAACCGAAUCUGGUUGUUGAUGGAUAUUGUAGAUGCUGACGAGCGUUAUCCAGCCAUAUGUUCAAUCUUACCUGUACAGUACAGUAGAGGGCGGCUGUAAUAUUAUUGUAAGCAGAACUAGUCAUGUAUAGUGUAACUAUAGUUUGGAGUGCCUUUGCUUUCAUACACCUUCGCCUUGUUUCCCCUCAAAGACUCUCCUUUUGGUGCUGUUGAAUGACACCCCUCACCCCCACCGCCUCUUUUGUCAUUGCACAGGUUCAUUGUAAUAUAAUAUACAGAUAGUUCACUGACUGUUAAUGGUGACUGAACUGUUUAUUUCAACACAUGCUCUCCUAUAUUGUCUUGGGCGGCGCAGUGCUCGCAUGGACCUCUAGGGGGGGUCAGUUGGUUGGCAGAUUUGAGUAUACAUGACGUGACGUCAUGCAGUAUGCUGUACUACCAAGGAGUGUUAAGGGCACGCUGGUCACAAACGAAUGAUAUUGUGUAUUAAACGUCAUAGGAGUCGGAAGAAUUUGGGCGAGAAAAAAAUCGUUUUGGUUCGAAGAGAAAGUGAUACGAGAAAAAGAAAAAAAAAAGUAUUAAAACUUUUUUUUUAAAUUGAGAAUUACGGUAUAUAAAUUAUUUAAAGUUUAAUAGUACAGUAUUACUAAUUAAUAUAACACGAUGAAGACUUAAAAAAAAAAAGUUAUACAAUGACAGCUCAAUCAUAAUUAUAAAAAAAUAAUAUUACGGUACAACUUUUUUUCUAGUAAAAAAUGACGUUCUCCUCACGUUUUCUUUUUAAGUUCCAUAAAAAAUGUUUCUGGUAUAGUAUCACUUUUUCCCCCUAGUUAAAACAAGGUUAUUUAUUUUUAUAAAUUACUGACGUUCUACCCACAAUUGAGAAUGAUAUAAAAUUAUUUAAAGUUUAAUAGUACAGUAUUACCAAUUAACAUAACACGAUGAAUACUUUGAAAAAAAUGGUGUUAUACAAUGACAGCUCAAUCAGAACUAUAAAAAAAUAAUACAACUUUUUUUCUAGUUAAUAAAAAAAUGACGUUCUCCUCACGUUUUAUUUUUAAGUUCCAUAAAAAAUGUUUCACUUUUCCCCGCUAGUUAAAACAAGGUUAUUUUUAUAAAUUGACGUUCUACCCACAAUUGAGAAUGAUAUAAAUUAUUUAAAGUUUAAUAGUACAGUAUUACUAAUUAACAUAACACGAUGACUUAAAAAAAAAAAGUUAUACAAUGACAGCUCAAUCAGAACUAUAAAAAAUAAUAUCACAACUUUUUUUUAGUUAAUAAAAAAAUUACGGUCUCCUCACAUUUUCUUUUUAAGUUCCAUAAAAAUGUUUCUGGUAUAGUAUCAAUUCUCCCCCCUAGUUAAAACAAGGUUAUUUUAUAAAUUGUUGACAUUCUACCCACAAUUGAGAAUGAUAUAAAUUAUUUAAAGUUUAAUAGUACAGUAUUACUAAUUAACAUAACACGAAGACUUAAAAAAAAAAGUUAUACAAUGACAGCUCAAUCAUAACUAUAAAAAAUAAUAUUACAACUUUUUUCUAGUUAAUAAAAAAAUGAUGUUCUCCUCACAUUUUCUUUUGAGAAUGAUAUAAAUUAUUUAAAGUUUAAUAGUACAGUAUUACUAACUAACAUAACACGAUGAAGACUUAAAAAAAAAAAAAAAAGUUAUACAAUGACAGCUCAAUCAGAACUAUAAAAAUAUUACAACUUUUUUUCUAGUUAAUAAAAAAAUUACAUUUUCUUUUUUAAGUUCCAUAAAAAAUAUUUCCGGAAUAGUAUCACUUUUUUCCCCUUUGUUAAAACAAGGUUAUUUUUUUAUAAAUUGACGUUCUACCCACAAGAGUGAACAUUACGACUUUAUUUACGAUCUCCUUCUCUGACUGUUGGGCUACUUUGCCUCCGAAUUUGAGCCUUUAGUCUCACAACACUUUUCUUUUCAAUGUUACGUAGCGCCUCUUAAUGCUCCUUGGUCACUGUGUCAGUGUUGCUUCUUGAAAGUAACGAUGUAUACAUAGAUACCGUCGCCGUGUGCGGACAUGUUUUGCUUGAUAUGUCCGCCAUCUUGGGGGGGGGCGGUGGCGUUUUUUUGUCAAGGAUUCAGUAGCACCUAAAGGGGUGGAGUCACAUGACCUCUCCUGCUUGCUGUAAUUUUGGCAUCCACGAACAUGUUGCAACCCUUACCUUACCUUACCUCCCACCCCACUUCAAUAAAAUCACCAAAAAGGUUGCCAAAAAAAAGGAGAAAAAAAAAAGACGACAUGCAAGUGGAGAUGCUAGUGUUUUAUGUUAGCCUAGCACAACGUGCUAACCGGGGUUCCAGAAAAAUCUUUGAAGAAAAAAAACAACAAAAAACAUCCCGUAUAACAGUACUACUUGAAUGACUCUGUUUGUGACUGAAAUUUUUAUUUUGUUUUUGUUUGUUUUUUUCUUCUGUUCUGUGAAGGUAUGCUAAAUGUGCGCCUCUGUAAAUAUUCCCUCUGCGUGCUCUGAGGAAUAGUUCCCUGGUACUGUAAUUUGCAUUAAAUAAAGAGUAGGAUAGCCUGGAAAUGAUUA